AUGGAAGAAUAUUCAAAAGAAAUUAAAUAUGGAUCAACAGUUAGUACAUAUUUCUUUACUUAUAAUUCACCGGAUGACUCGAAUGGGGUUUCAGUUAUAUUUUUUGGAGGCAUGAUUUGCAGUUGGAUUAACUCCAGUAUUUUUGAUUUCGAAAGUGGUAAAGUUUUAGAGUCUUGUUCCUAUUAUGAAGCUGCCAUCAUAUCGAUUGAACAAAAAACUUCAGCAAAACCAUAUCAAUUAGAUAUUAAAGGAAAUAAUGUUGACAAUAUAGGCAAUAUCAAAGUUGGUGACCAAAGUUGCAGAGUAGUUCCAAUUAAUUCAACAGAUUUAACAUGUUAUAUUGAUGGAUUUAUCAAACAAGAUACUCCAGUUGUCUAUGAUUCGAAUGGUGUCGAAAAUAUUAAUACUGGAUUUAUAUUCAAUUUCCCACAACCAAUUAUUACCGAUAUUCAAUAUUCACAGUCACCUGUUAAACCUAAAUCAGAUAUUACAAUUUUUGGUAAAUACUUAUUCCGUGACAAUGAUCCAUCUGCUUAUGACAAUUUGAAAAUUUUCAUUGAUAAACAUGAUGUAUCAUUUACCAUUAAAGAUACAUCAGUAAAUAAAAAUACUGGUAUUUCAAAUUUCAAAAUAUCUGCUGUUGAUCCUGGAGAUUUUAACGUUAUUUCAUUUUUCUCAGAUGGAGUUGAAUUUUACUUUGAAGAGAAAGAAUUUGAAAAUCCAGAAGAUUUGAAAAAGUCAUAUUAUUAUCAAUCUGGUCCAAUCUUAUCACAUCUCUCUAAAAGCUCUACUCAUCGUUACGAUACAAUCUCACUCUAUGGUUCAUUCCCAUGUAUCAACUGUGACAGCAUUAUUAUAAUAUUUGGUGAUAAUGUAGCCGAAUCUUAUAAAAUUAUCAACGAAAAUGAAAUAGAAUGCGAAGUUCCAUAUGGAUUCGAAGAUGUAUUAAUUUCAGUAAAAAUGGAUUCACAAUAUUCAAACUCUGUUAUUUUUUCAUAUCCAGAUAUGAGAAUAGAUCAUUUUAUUCAAAACAAAAAUUUAUCAACAUCAAGUUUUAGAUCAGUUUGGGUUAUUGGCGAAGGUUUAAAAGAGAGUGAAACAAAUUAUUUAGUUGUUUCAUCUUAUAAUGAAACCUUGACUUGCAUGUUUAUUGAUAAUGUAUGUUGGAAAAAUAAAAUCUAUUACGACGAAGACAAUCAAAUUAUUCCAAGACCAGACCACCAAAACAGUGACUUUUUUGAUCCAUGCAUUGAAUUAGAUAAAGAUUAUUUCGAAAAUGUAUAUUUUGAUACUAUGGAAUGUUUAUUAGCACCUGGUAUUGGUAAAGAAAUCGAAAUUGUAUUUUCAAUAUACAAAGAUUCAGUAUUUGAUUCAACAAAGACACAUAUAUUUUCAUAUUCAGCUCCAGAAAUCAAAGAAUUUAUUACCAUCGCAAAAGAUUCAGCCAAUACAUCAAAUAAUGGAACAGAUGGGGGUUUAGAUUUAGUUUUAUUAGGUAUUAACUUCCCCCCACAAGAAAUAAUCGAUAUAGCUCUAGAUUUUUUUGGAGAUUAUCCAGAAUUAAAUGACUUUAAAUGGUUAGACUCUAAUAUUACGAUUGGUGAAUUUACAUGUAAGGAUAUUGUUUAUAAAAACUCAACAAAUGUAUCAUGUAUAAUACCUCCAGGUAUUGGUAAAGAUUUAAAAGUCACUCUUAUUGUUGGUAAUCAAAAAUCACUUAACAACAAAGAAACAACAGAUGAAAACAAAACUCCAAUCCAAGUACUUUAUUCUUAUGAUAAACCCACUUUAGACUCUAAAACAUAUAAAGAAUCAACCCAUGGAAAUAAUGAAAUUACAAUUACUGGUUCAAACUUUAUUCCAAAAGAUUUAGCAACUCAAUAUAAUUCUAAAGAACAAGAUGAAAAUAACUGCGUAACAAUUGAUGGUAAAUUGUGUAAAAAACUUACAUGGGUGAACCAAACAUCAUUAAAAUGUAAUGUACCGGUCGGUGAAGGCAAAGAUUUAGAUAUCAAAAUAAUUGUUGGGUCACAAGAAGUCACCGGUCUAUUAUUCACUUAUAAAGCACCAAUCGUGGAUUCAGUUUCACCAAAUAAAGGUAGGACCAAUAAACCAUAUUCAAUUACAAUUGAAGGAAGCAACUUUGGUAUCAAUCCAUCAGUUAAAGUUGGUGAUGAUACCUGUUCAAUUACUAAAUAUGAUAGGGACAAUGGUGGCCCAAUAGUUUGUAGUUUACCAGAAACUAACGAAGAAACAUCAAAACCAGUUAUUGUUACUGCAAAGGAUCAAGAAUCAAACUCAGAUAUACAAUUUAAACAUUAUGGUCCACCAAAGAUUGAUAGUGUAUCUUCCAAUACUGAUUAUCUUUCUUUUGACGGUGAUGAUGAAGUCACUUUAAAUGGUAAAAACUUUAUUGAAAAUAAAGAUGGUGACCAACUAACUGUUAAGUUUAAUAAUCAAAAUAUUGACGAGUCCAAUAUCAUUCAAGUCCAUGAAAAUUCAAUUAAAAUCAAAACAUUAAAAGGCACUGAUAGAAAUAUCCCAAUUCAAGUUAUAUUAAAUAAUCAAGAUAGUAACAUUGAUUAUUCAUUCACCUAUUCAAACCCAUCUAUCGAUAUAGUGAACCCGAAUUCAAAUAAAUACAAUCAAGAUACCGAUAUUAUUAUUUCAGGUAUGAAAGAACUAUCUGUUUCAGUUGGUGGUAUUCUUUGUCAAGAAAUUGAUAUUAAAACAUCCAAAGAAGUACAUUGUAAAAUUUUAAAAGUUUCAAAAGCACAAGUCGGUCUAAAAGAUUUAAUUUUACAAUUUAAAUCAUAUCCUUCAGUUUUAUCGUCAUUUACUCAUAUUGAUGAUAAUUCAAACCAAAGAGCAUCCACUGACAACUCCAACCCAGGAGGAUCCACUGGCAACUCCAACCCAGGAGCAUCCACCACUGGCAACUCCAACCCAGGAGGAUCCACCAGCGACCAAGGAGGAUCCACCAGUAGCAGUAAUCCAGGUGGAACUACCAGCGACCAAGAAGGAUCCACUAGUAGCAGUAAUCCAGGUGGAACUACCAGUGACCAAGAAGGAACCACCAGUAGCAGUAAUCCAGGAGGAACUACCAGAACCAGUAGUCCAGGAGGAACUACUAGUGACCAAGGAGGUACUACCAUUACCAGCAAUCCAGGUGGAACCACCAGCAAUCCAGGUGGAACUACCAUUACCAGCAAUCCAGGUGGAACUACCAGCAAUCCAGGUGGAACUACCAUUACCAGCAAUCCAGGAUGGACGACAAACACACCAGAUUCAACCACAGGAACUUCACCACCGCUCACAGGUACCCCAACAACAGGUGGUGGAGUAAUCCCAGGAUCCUCAAGUGAAGAAAGUACCCCUACUCCUUCAGUUAUACCUACACUUACACCAUCCAUUGAUCCAUCAGUUAUUGUUUGCGAUUAUAACAUUGACAAAACAAGACUAAAGAUCAAUAAUUAUGAAUCUCAAGAACUUUAUUGUACUGACGAAAAACAAACAAGCUAUUAUUACAAUGGAAGCCUAGAAUGCAACCACAACGAAAAUAGUGAAAUUAUUACAUGUUCAACUGAUAAUAAAAUUAUUCUGGAAUUUAAUCAAACAGUUAAAUGCUAUAUUGAAGAUUCAAUAUGUUCAAUAACCAAAGGAAAUAGUAAUUUUGGUCAAAUCUCGUCUCCUACCAACCCAAAUAAUAGUAGAGCACUCUCUUGUUUAAUAAAUAAAAAAAACUCGACACUAACAGUUAUAAAUAAUGGUUUAGAAGGAUUUAUUUGUAUUGGUGAUGAUGGCACCGAAAAAUACUUUUUGGAUACAUACAAAUGUAAAUUAAACAGUGAAAAAAAAGCUAUAGAAUGUGGUCAAGAUAAUAUAACAAUAUACAAUAUAUCAGUUAAAUGUACAGGUGAUAUUAUGUCAUGUUCAAUAAUAAAUCCUUUCUACAUACCCUCAACUGAAACACCAUCUGAAACACCAUCUGAAACACCAUCUGAAACACCAUCUGAAACACCAUCUGAAACACCAUCUGAAACACCAUCUGAAACACCAUCUGAAACUCCAUCUGAAACACCAUCUGAAACUCCAUCUGAAACGCCAUCUGAAUCACCAACCACAACACAAUUUAUUACUGGUUUAUCAAGUUAUAAUUCGUCUGUUGGUGAUACAAUUACAAUUUAUGGUAUUUUCCCAGAAAUAUUUAAUAACUUUACAAUUCAAUUUGGUUAUAGAUAUAUAGAUCAUACAGAUAUUAAUAUUAUUUCAGUAUCCUCAACAGAAAUAGUUUUGAUUGUUCCAAGUGGUUUUUCAAAAGUUUAUAUAAUGAUUACUUUUUAUUCCAAUAAUAGUAAUUAUGAUAGUAAUAUCAUAGAAUUUAACUAUAAUCCACCAACCAUUCUCCAUGUUGACCAUCAAGAUUUCAAUACGUCGGAUAUAAACAGAUUCUUUGUAUUUGGUAUAAACUUUGGUUCUUUUGCAGAACGUUUAGUAUAUCCAUUCAUUGAUCAUCCAAAUGGUGAAAAAGAAAAAAUUUAUUGCGAAAUAGAACUUCAAUGUAAUAACCCAUAUAAACAAAUUGAACCAAUUAAUAAUAGUAAUCAAAAUCAUUCAUGUUUCGACAAUAUAACAUUAACAAACAAUGCCCAAUACUUUGAUAGUCAUAUUUACGAUAUAUAUGUUUGUAUUUUACCAACACCAAAUGUCGGCAAAGGUUUAAUCAAAUUCUUUAAUAAUGACUUAGUUACUGUUUACGAAGGUUAUUCAUUUGAAUAUUCAUUCUUACCACCACAAAUCGAGUCACCAUUGGACGACCCAACAUUUAACCCCGUUGUUCAAGAAGGUGAUGAAAUUACUAUUCAUGGAUAUAACUUCCCACCAACUCAAGAAAUAUUCGAUAAACAAUUAAACAAAUCUUCAACAAUUGAAUGGAAUGGAAACGAAAACUAUGUUUCAAUUGGUACAGAUUAUAGAUGUCAAGAUGUUCAAUGGAUUAACUCAAGCUUAAUUAAAUGUAUAAUUCCACCAGGUAUUGGUUUGGAACAUUUAGUAACUGUUACUGUUGGUAACCAACCAUCAACUGAAGACCCCACAAACCCAACUUAUAAUAUAUCGUAUAAACCAAUUAUUACAAAUUUAUCAAAUUUCAACUCAUCUGUUGGUGAUACAAUUACAAUUUAUGGCAAGUUCCCACUAAUAUUUAAUGAUUUUACAAUGCGAUUCGGUGAUAGGAUUAUCGGUUUUACAGACAGUGAAAUAAUUUCAAUCUCUUCAACUGAAAUCAUUACGAUUGUCCCAAAUGGUUUUUCAAAAGUUAGCAUUAUGGUAAGUUUUUAUUAUGGUAAUGGUAGCAGUCAAAGUAAUCUUAUAGAAUUUAAUUAUAAUCCACCAACCAUUCUCCAUGUUGAUCAUCAAGAUUUCAAUACGUCGGAUAUAAACAGAUUCUUUGUAUUUGGUAUAAACUUUGGUUCUUUGGCAGAACGUUUAGUAUAUCCAUUCAUUGAUCAUCCAAAUGGUGAAAAAGAAAAACUACAUUGCGAAAUAGAACUUCAAUGUAAUAACCCAUAUAAACAAAUUGAACCAAUUAAUAAUAGUAACCAAGAAAACCCAUGUACCGACAAUACAACAUUAACAAACAAUGCUCAAUACUUUGAUGACUUUAAAUAUGAUGUUUAUGUUUGUAUUUUACCAACACCAAAUGUCUGCAAAGGUUUAAUCAAAUUCUUUAAUAAUGACUUAGUUACUGUUUACGAAGGCUAUUCAUUUGAAUAUUCAUUCUUACCACCACAAAUCGAAUCACCAUUGGACGACCCAACAUUUAACCCCGUUGUUCAAGAAGGUGAUGAAAUUACUAUUCAUGGAUAUAACUUCCCACCAACUCAAGAAAUAUUCGAUAAACAAUUAAACGAAUCCUCAACUAUUGAAUGGAAUGGAAACGAAAACUAUGUUUCAAUUGGUACAGAUUAUAGAUGUCAAGAUGUUCAAUGGAUUAACUCAAGCUUAAUUAAAUGUAUAAUUCCACCAGGUAUUGGUUUGGAACAUUUAGUAACUGUUACUGUAGGUAAUCAAUUAUCAACCGAAAAUAUAGUAGAUUUAACAUAUUUCAUUUCAUAUAACAAUUAA